UUGUUUGUCGUAUGGCUUACACUUAACCAGAAUUGGAAAAUGUUCCUUGCCGAAAUCUGUUUGUGUAUUCGUUAAUGCACGCUGGAAUUUUUGGCAUUAUGACAUAAUUCUCUCAUAGAAUUUUCGGGUCUUGUGUCUGUUGGCUGGUCCUAAGCUUAUUAGAGACGUGAAGUUUGGUCAAAUUUACCUCAAUUAUUAAAAUAUAUGUUUGUCGUGGUUUGUGACCUUUCAUGAAUAUUUUAAAUCUUGCCCCCUAGCUGAUGCAGGCAUUAACUGAAUAAUUGCCUGACUUAGCUACCUAUUGAGAGAUAGAGAGGGAGUUUCAGAAGUCAACUGGCCCAGAAACCAAUUUGAAACGGAGACAAACAAUGCUACUUAGUUUCAUUCAGACAUUUUGAAGAAUCUCUUGUGUUUGUGUUCUCUAAUUUCCUUGAUGGGAUCCUCAUUCUUCAUCCCAAAAAUAUUAUUCUUUCUGCCUUUUGUCUCCAGUAUAUCCUACACCGAAUUCAUAUACCCAAAUUUUUUGGCUUCCAACAUCAAUUUUGCUGAUAAUGGUGGUGCCUUCUUGUUUUCUCGCAACAGAACUUACAAGGCCUCUAUUGUGAACCCUCUAGCUCAAGAAACCAGCUUCUACUUGUGUGUUGUUCAUGUGGCGUCCAACACAAUCAUCUGGUCUGCUAACCGUAAUGAUCCCAUAUCAAGUACUGGGAAUUUCAAUCUUACCACUAAGGGAAUUUCCAUAACCGAUCAGAAUGAUAACCUUAGAUGGUCAACUCCACAAUUACAGUCAGCAGCAUCUGCGUUGAGGCUAACUGAAAUGGGUAACCUUGUAUUACUUGAUCGAUCAAAUGUCUCUCUUUGGGAGAGUUUCCGUUAUCCAACUGAUACCAUUGUAGUUGGACAAUAUUUGCCUGUUGGUACUAUGCUGCUCAGCUCCAUCUCAGGUUCGGACUUGUCCAAUAGUAAUUACAGUUUGUCGGUUGCUACAUCUGAUGCUAUGCUACAAUGGUAUGGACAAACGUAUUGGAAAUUGUCCAUGGAUCCAAAGGCCUUCAUAAACUCAAACGUUGCAGUGGAAUAUAUGAUUAUAAAUGCAACUGGUCUCUACCUGUUGGCUCGUAAUGGUUCUGUUGUGGUAAUUGAAGUCAUCCUACCCCGUUCUGACUUUAGAAUUGCCAAAUUGGAGUCAACUGGACAAUUUAUUGUCAAGAGCUUUUCUAGCACUGGUUGGACACAAGAAUUCAUAGGACCAGUUGACAAUUGUCGAAUUCCAUUCUUUUGCGGUCAAGUUGGACUUUGCAAUACAGACAGUGCAUCCGAUUCCCCCAGUUGUUCUUGUCCAUCAAGUUUUCACACAGUUCCGCCAAGCUUGGGUGGCUGGGGCUGUAAACCAAUUGAUAAUUCCAUUGUUUUGGCUUCUCCUUGCAACUCCUCUGGUGGUAGUGAUCGGUUAAAGUCACCAGUUUUUUCGUAUUUGAGUUUGGGAUAUGGUAUAAGAUAUUUUGCAAUUGAUUUCUCUCAGCCAUCUAGAUAUGGAGUGAACACCUCGUCCUGUCAAGCCCUCUGUUCAAGGGAAUGCUCGUGUUUGGCCAUAUUCUAUGGAAACACAUCUGGUUCUUGCUACAUGAUCAAAGACAGGUUAGGCUCUAUCGGACAGAGUAGUACAUUUGAAAACGAUCUGUUGGGCUAUAUUAAAGUUCAAGUUAGAUCUACUCCACCAGGCUUCGCUGAUAAAGAAAAACAGAAUUUUCCAGUAGCCGCUCUUAUUCUCUUGCCAAUUUUUGGGUUGCUCCUAUUGGUAACUCUGUAUUUCCUUUGGUGGAGGAGACGAAUAAUCUCAAAAAGAUUACAAACAAAACUAGGUAGUGCCAGCUCACGUGCUUCAACAGAAUUUGAUGGCUUCUUCAUUCCAGGUUUGCCUAGAAGGUUUUCUUUGGAAGAGCUAGAGGCUGCAACUGAUAGUUUUAAAGCUCAGAUAGGGUCAGGGGGGUUUGGUACAGUUUUCAAGGGUAUACUGCCUGACAAAACUGUUGUGGCAGUGAAGAAGAUAACAAAUUUAGGUGUUGAAGGGAAAAAGGAAUUCUGCACUGAGAUUGCAGUCAUUGGGAAUAUACGCCAUACAAAUUUGGUCAAGUUGAAAGGGUUUUGUGCGCAAGGAAGAGAGCGCCUUCUUGUUUAUGAGUAUAUGAAUCGUGGUUCAUUAGACCGUACCCUUUUUGGCAAUGGACCAGUCUUAGAAUGGCAAGAGAGGUAUGAUAUAGCACUUGGAACUGCACGUGGGCUUUCAUAUUUGCAUAAAGGUUGUGAGCAUAAAAUCAUCCAUUGUGAUGUGAAACCAGAGAAUAUUUUGUUACAAGACUCCUUUCAGGCCAAAAUAUCUGAUUUCGGUCUUUCAAAACUUCUGGCGCCUGAACAGUCAGGUCUGUUUACAACAAUGAGAGGCACACGCGGUUAUCUUGCACCUGAAUGGCUCACUAAUUCAGCAAUUUCAGAAAAAACUGAUGUCUAUAGUUAUGGCAUGGUGCUAUUGGAGGUUGUGAGUGGGAGGAAAAAUUGCACAACGCGAUCCCAUAACCAUAGCUUGGAUGGCAGUGAUAGUUCUGGUUGCCAAUCAUCAUCUUCAACAGGAUUGGGACUGGUUUAUUUUCCUUUAUUGGCAUUGGAGAUGCAUGAGCAAGGAAGGUACUUGGAGCUUGCCGAUCCACGCCUAGAGGGGCGUGUGGCAUAUGAAGAGGUGAAGAAAUUAGUUUGCAUUGCUUUGUGUUGUGUUCAAGAGGAACCUGCCCUAAGGCCAAGUAUGGAUACGGUCGUCAGCAUGCUGGAAGGUGGGAUUCCUUUAGGUCAGCCGAGAAACGAGUCGCUGAAUUUCUUGCGCUUUUAUGGGCGUAGGUUCACAGAAGCCUCAACAAUAGAGGAGGAAAUGAACCAAAAUGGUUCAGUAAUAUAUCCACCAACAAAUGCGCCCGCUAGUUGUAUGAGUGAUUCAAACUACUUAUUUUCUUACAUAUCUUCACAGCAGGUCUCGGGCCCAAGAUAGAUUUCCUGUUCAUGAUCUUUGCACUUUCCAUAAAUAACCAUCAGAGUUAUGUAAUGUGGAAUUCCAUCUGUUAAAGCUAAAAAUGAUGUGUAAUUUUACAUCUCGAGGGUGCGAGUUAAUGGUUUUCAUGAACAGCUUGUGUAAUGACUUCUAGUGCUUUUCCAGUACAUAAAAUAUUUGACACUUUGGCCUUGGGUCAUAAUUGAGCUUCUUCACAUGUAUCAUUCUCACCAUACCCUAAAAACCUUGAGAGGGUAUUCGUCGGACCUGUUGGGUUGUUAAUUAGUAUAUAAUCAUGUGGCGACCGAAUUUAGCAUUU